AUGAAGAAAUCGGUGCUCUCCUUGAUCUUUCUAUUGGUGCCUCGCGGUGGCUUUGAUUCGUCGGUGUCUGAUACUUUAUCUAAUCCCGCCGAUCAAUCUGGAGAUUCGAAUGAGCUCAUCGUUACUGAAGAUCUCGAUUUCGCUGGGCUAAGGCUUAUUAAAGUUCUAAAACGGCGUGCAUCAAACAUGUACAAGGUUCAAGAAGUCGUUGGGAAAGGAAACUAUGGUGUUGUGGCUUCUGCUCUAGACACACACACUGGUCAAAGAGUUGCUAUCAAAAAGAUAAACGAUGUUUUUAACCACGUCUCUGACGCAAAUAUGAUUCUCAGAGAGAUCAACUUGCUGUGGUUGCUUCGUCAUCCAGAUGUUGUGGAAAUUAAGCACAUCAUGCUACCUCUUACGCGCAGAGAGUUCUUGGAUAUUUACGUUGUGUUUGAGUUGAUAGAAUCUGAUCUUCAUCAGGUGAUUAAGGCUAAUGAUGAUUUGACUCCUGAGCAUUAUCAGUUUUUCUUGUACCAGCUUCUCUGUGGUCUGAAGUAUGUUCACGCAGGUAUAUUCCGCCAAUAA